AUGUCCAGCGUUGAGAAGGUCCCCGACACCUCCAUCGAACGUGUCAACUCCAUUGACCGAGCCAAGAAUGUCGUCGAGGUCAAGCAGGUCAAAGGCAGCGAGGCUUACAAUGAAGCAUCGCUGAAGGAACCGGUCUCCUGGACCCAUCCUCGCCAGCUUCUUCUCUUUGCUGCACUCAUCAUCGGUUUCUUCUGCCAGACCAUGAACGGGUACGACAGUAUGCUGCUGGGCGGCCUCCUCAACAACAAGGAGUACUUCCUGGCGCACUUCAACGGCGAGAAUAAGGGCAUAUGGGCUGGCCUGAUCUCUUCCAUGCACCAGAUCGGCGGUGUUUGCGCUCUUCCGUUUGUCGGCCCAGCCAUUGACACGUGGGGCCGUCGUGUGGGCAUGUUCAUCGGCUCUGUCCUCAUCGUCGUCGGCGCCAUCAUCCAAGGCCUCACUUCCACCAAUGCAUCCGAAGGCCAAUUCAUGGGUGGCCGUUUCCUCAUUGGCUUCGGUGUUUCGGUCGCUGCCGCUGCUGGGCCCAUCUGGGUCGUCGAAACCGCCCAUCCUCGUUACCGUGGCGUCAUCACUGGCCUCUGCAACACCACCUGGCUGGUCGGCGCUAUUCUUGCCUCUGGUGCAACUCGCGGUGGUCUCGAUCUCAAGAGCAACACAUCCUGGCUCCUUCCCAUCUGGCUGCAGAUCUUCUUCCCCGGCAUCAUCAUACUUGGCGCUUUUGUGAUCCCAGAGUCGCCACGUUGGCUGUACGCCCACGGCAAGCGCGAGGCCGCUGUCAACACUUUGACAAAAUGGCACGGCAAUGGGAACCGCGAGUCCGCCUGGGUGAAUCUACAGCUCACCGAGUACGAGGCCAACAUUGAGCUCGACGGUUCCGACAAGCGGUGGUGGGAUUACCGCGGUCUCUUUAACAAGAAGUCCAGCAUUUACCGCAUCGCUGUUGCCUGUUGGUUCUCGGCCUUCACUCAGUGGUGCGGCAACGGCCCGCUCUCAUACUUCCUCGGCGCCGUGCUCGACACCGUCGGCGUCAAUGACUCCAUCGGCAAGGCCAACGUGCAGCUCGGUUACUCCGUGGUUCAAUUCGUCUGUGCCGUGAUUGGUGCUCACUUCGUCGAGCUCUUCGGUCGCCGCAAGCUGAUGCUGGCGGGCUUCUUCGGCACCUCGAUCAUCUGGGUGUGCAUGACCGCUUCGGCCGGCACGCUCGCAAACUCCUUGGUGUCUGGUAGCGUCGCUGAUGGAGAUGCCGUGUACGACAACCACUCGGCCGCCAAUGCCGUGCUUGGUUUCAUCUUCAUCUUCGCCGCCGUGUACAGCUUCAACCUGACGCCUCUCCAGGCUCUGUAUCCCGUUGAGUGUAUCUCCUUUGAGAUCCGUGCCAAGGGCAUGGCCUUCCAGUCCUUCUUCGUCAAUGCCGCUGGCCUGCUCAACCAGUUCGCCUGGCCCAUCGCCAUCAAGCAGAUCGAGUGGAAGACUUACAUCAUCUUUGUGGUUUGGUGUGCCGCCCAAGGUAUCAUCGCGUAUUUCUUCUUCCCAGAGACUCGCAAGCGCACGCUCGAGGAACUCAACGCAAUCUUCGAGGCCAAGAACCCGGUCAAGUUCUCCGUCGCGACCAAGACCCUGGCCCUCAACGAGGACAAGACUGUCGUCGCUGUUGACGAAGAUGCCGCGGCGCUGGCCCGCUAA